AACAGAAAUGUCAAAACAUCCCCUCUCUCUUUACCAUUACGUAAGAUAGAUUAUUAUCGUUUCAACCCCCUACUGUCUCUCGAUCAAAAUCAAAAUUUCACAAUUGUCUCAUCUCGAAAAAAGAAAUGGCUUCUACUUCUUCUCCAGGCGAAGAACCACAAAACCAGAAUCAAGAUCAGCAACAACAACAACAACAAGUAGUAGUAGCAGUGAAAGAGAGAGAGAAAGAGUGCCUUCACAAAACCAAAACGAUACACUUCUUAGGCCGUACCACUCCUAUCGUUCUCCAAAACGACAAUGGACCUUGUCCUCUCCUUGCCAUCUGUAACGUCCUUCUGUUAAAGAAUGAUCUAAAUUUGAGCUCAGAUAGCGCUGAAGUUUCGCAGGAGAAAUUGCUAUCCCUUGUUGCAGAAAGGUUGAUUGAUUCCAACAGUAAUGUAAAUAAUAAAGAUGCAGGAUAUGUCGAAAAUCAACAGCAGAAUAUUGCAGAUGCCAUCGAUUUGCUUCCAAGACUUGCAACUGGAAUUGAUGUAAAUUUAAAGUUUAGGAGGAUAGAUGAUUUUGAGUUUACCCGAGAAUGUGCCAUAUUUGAUUUACUUGACAUUCCUUUAUAUCAUGGUUGGAUAGUUGAUCCCCAGGACUAUGAUACUGCUAAUGCCAUUGGGCCAAAGUCCUAUAAUACUCUUAUGGGGGAGCUUGUUGCUCUUGAAACAAGAAACAUGGAGGAUGAAAGUAAAAAUUUGACCGGGGAACAUAGUAAAACUAAAACCGAGGAAGAUUGCAUUGACUUUGUUGCUGCAACAACUGCUACUUUGGGUGUUCCUUCUCCUUGUCUUUCAAAGGCUAGAUCUUUUGAUGAUUCUCCACAUUCAGUCUCUGAUCAUCAAAAAGUAAGAAAAGGGGAUUUAGAAGAAGAAGCAGAGCUAUUGAGGGUCUUAAAAUUGUCAGAGACUGAGUUGCCAAUUUCAGUGGAUGAUUUUGUAGCCGAUGUUGAUGGAAGGGUUGUGUCUGUUGGCUCACAUGAAAGCACACCUAUGAAGGGGACCAUGGUUGUGGCUUCCUGGGAUACAUCAGAGGGGCAUGUCGGUGUUGAUAUCAAUCUUAGUGCAUUGAGCACUGAUGAUAAUAAUAAUCUGACAUCUUCGGAAACUCCCCCAGGGAAACUGACAGGCUCUUCCUUAAAGACUGAUCUGACCGAUCAUUUUGAUAAAUCAGUUUGUACAGAAUCUGGAGAACAUUUCUCUAGUAAUGAUGUGAUUGAGAAUAGUAGUGCUGACACAGUUGUUGAGAUUCAAGGUGCAUUGUCCCUUUCUUGUGCAAAAAGUACUGGAUCUUUUGAUGGAGACCCUACAGAUAUUUUGCAUGAUGGUCAGAAGGUUGAGAAUCAGUCCACUUCUAUUACCGAGGUUCACAAACCAGCAGAUAUUUCAAGUGGGCAUGACAUGUUGGAUUUACCAGGGUUAGCUUCUCUAGUUCCAGAGUCAGAUUCAUCUAGUGGUAGAAUGCAGAAUUUUGAUACACCUGAUAACUUUAAUUCAAGUGUUGAUGGAAGUGAGCCCAUAUACGAGGGAGAAGAAUGCAUUUUCGAUUCAAGAACUUCAAAUUGUGAAGAUAGAGAGCCUAUGUAUGAAGGUGAGGUGAUUCUUUCUGAACAAGCUGAUAAAACUGUGAGGUCUAAGGAUGAAAUCACUGCACAGCAAGGGGAGCUGAUAAGGAACUUUUUGAAGAACAAUGCUAGUCAGCUGACCUUUAAUGGCCUCUUUUGCUUACAAGAUGGGCUUAAAGAGCGUGAGCUGUGUGUUUUUUUCCGUAACAAUCACUUUAGCACGAUGUUUAAGUAUGAUGGUGAACUGUAUCUUUUAGCCACAGACCAAGGUUACAUUAAUCAGCCUGAUUUGGUGUGGGAGAAACUCAAUGAGGUAAAUGGGGAUACAUUGUUUAUGACAGGAAACUUUAAGGAAUUCAAGGCGGAAAGUCAUACAAAUGACCCAUGGGAUGAGCACAAUGCCAUGACCAGUACUGCUGACUAUCUUGCUAGCAUUGGUAGUGCUGCACAAGCGGGUGUGGAUAUAAACUCUGAUCUGCAACUGGCAAUAGCUCUGCAGCAACAGGAGUAUGAGCAGCAGCAACAGCAACAGCCACAGCCGCAACACCAUAAUGUGCAGCAAGCAUCCACCACUGGUGGUUCAAGACUAAUCACAGGGCCCCAGCAGGUGCCAAGGAGCAGUGGUAAAACCGCAUCUUCUUCUUCUUCUUCAAGGCUUGACACAAAACCAAAAGAUAAGUGUAACGUCAUGUGAAUUUUGUUGGAGGUACCGUGGAAGUCUGUUCUGUAAAUGGCGUAUAUUUUGACCCAUUGUAUCCUUGAGAACAAUAAACUGCAGGAGUCAAGAUUUCUCUUGUAAAAAGGCAGUAUAUAGCACCCUAGCAAAAUCCUGCGAUUUUAUUAAUGUUUUCUUUUUCUUCACCCCACACUUGUAAGCAGCUUAAAUUUUUUUUUUUGGAAUAGUUGACAGAUUGAAAGAGGUCCGUUAUAUGCAGUGAUGGCUUUAGUUAUUCA